GUCUCCUUUUCGCUCAAACAGAGAGGAGUCUUUUCUUACAUCAAACAUAUUCUCCCUUAUUCCUUAGCCUGAUCCUUAAAAAAAUCCAUCCAAUGGAUCGAGAGUAGUGCUCGCCCGCCUGCGCAAGUGAACGUGCCUCUGCUUGACGUGCCAUGCUACUGCGUGUCCGCAUUGGCCUUCCUGCCACUCCGCUUUUUUUGCUCCCUUUACUCCUUUCCUCUACAACUCACUCGUCCACGCCUGCUGGUCCGUCAAGAAAUUCGUCUUUUUUCUCGGCCGCAUUAAACCAUUGGGCAGCGCUCCGCUUUUGAUCCUUCCUUAUUUCGAGGGCUUCCUUCAGUCCAUCCUACUCCGUUCCUUGACGAUCAUUCCUGUUCAAAAAUAACGCCUCCACAGUCAACACUUUUUCUGGGCGACACGGAUCAUCGGCAGACAUUGCUCAGGCCUCCCAUCGUCUGCACCUCUUUAUAUAUCCUCGUUUGCUCUUACAUAAUGGUUAGUCUCGACCGGCCCAUACCCAUGGAGACACCCUCAUCCCGCAAGAAGGCGACUCAUUCCCACUCGCACGCUCACGUCUACUCACAGAUGUAUCCAAAGAACACGCCCUCGUUUUGUUUGUCACCCACUAGUGCCAGCGUCCAUCCUUCGUCGUCCUCCAGACCAAAGCCCGUAGUCCGCACCGUCUCAUCUGCCUCCAAUCUUCAUUUGAAGACCGGGAAUUUGCGACCAGCUGAAGACGAACUGCAGCUUCAGCCUCCCUCUCAAUCUAUCUCUACUUCCGGCAUACCGUCGCCAGCAUUCCCGACUUUGUCUUCUUCUUCAUCCUUUCCCGUUUCGACCUUGUUACCAUCUUCUCCCCCUCCCUCUUCCUCGCCCCUACCUUCAUCCACAAAUACCCAGCCAGAUCCUCAACAACACCAUCAGCAACGAAAACAAUAUCAACGAACACAGCAAUCUACCGAGGAACGCCCAAUGAACCGAACUGACCAGGGUCGCCAUGUUCAAGAAAAGAUCGCCGUAUUUUCGCGUUUGAUGAUCGAUAACAAGACCGACAGCAAGAGUUCUGUGGUGGUACCUCUGCUGGCCAUCACCACUCCUCCCGCAUCCCUCUCUGUCCCUGGACCAAGCCUUGUUCCUGCCACUGUGCCUGUUCACAUAUCUCCCCAAGGUUCCCACCCAUCUUCUUUCUCGCCCCCAUCCUCUGGUUCGUCUGCUUCAUCAUCUACAUCACCCUCUUUCACUCUGACAGAGUGCUCUUCUUCGGCUAUGCUAUAUACUGCACCCAAAACCGCAGCAGCAUCAAUGACGAGCACUUCAGCAGCGACAGCUACAACUACAGGCCAACCCCCACUUUUAAUCUCGCAGCCCAUCAUGCCAAUGUCUGUCAUCCCUGCAGCGAUCAUGGGAAUCAAAUCUACACCUUCCUACGUGUCUUUGGGGGUAAUUAAUGGCGCUGUUGCAGGGCCCUCGACGACAAUGUCAACAAGUCUUCUCCCGCUGGUCGGGUGCGACUACCUUAACUACAGCAGCCUCAAUGAUACUCUGACAACUGGUGCGGUCGUGGCGGAGACGAAGCCCAGGCCAUUGUCUUCGAUGGAAUACGCAGAGUCAUGGCUGCCAACAGCAACCCCGUCCACAGAUGCUCCAGAGUGUAACCUAGCGCGUCAAAAUGCAGCUUAUUGUUCUUCACUGCCGGAGAAUAACGACCCCCACUGCGUGAAAGACACAGAUCGGGUUGACAGCAUCAAGACAGUAACAACACUCCCCUCGAAUCAGCAAUCCAUCCACCCUCUGGAACUGCACCCUGACCAAUCCACGAACCCUAUCUUAUUGGAGCUUGGACAAAGCAAAGAAGUGCAAGCGCAGGCACAACCACAACAGCAGCAGCCAGUCCUUCGCAAAAAAUCGUCGUUUGCAGCAAAGUUGCGAAAUGUCUUUAUCAGCAAACAGGGAACCUCAAAGGAUGCGAUCGAAACGAGGGAGGAUAUCUUAUCGGUAUCGUUCAAGGAUGAUGGCAAGACUGGCACCUUGUAUGUCGGUGGGUUAAGCGCGUCUUUGGCGAACCAGCAUCGGGGAUCGGUUUCAUCCAACAGCUCAACGGACACUACCUCAGGCCCAAACGGCUUUAGGCGUGGCUCGGGCCAGACGACCACUCCAUCUACCUCUCCAGAGACCUCCCCACUUAACUCACCGACCGUAAAGACCUGCCCCACCUUGAUAGUGCCAGGACAGCAGCAGCCUUCGAUCAGUAGUCUCUCGGCGCUGGACGCCGAAUCCGAGACUGAUGCCGAAGAUAGAGAACCUACCGGUUUUUCGAAGGAGGAAACCACGCUGGGGACCAAUGGCAUAUACUCUACGCCCACCAGAGCCGUCAAGAAACGACUUUCUUUCGCCUCGAUUUCCUCCUUCUUUGCAUCCCGCAACCUUCAAGAACGUCGGGCUAAGCAAUCGAGAUCAUCAUCUGUGCCUCAUGUAGAGAGCCGUUUGGUCGUCGCCGGACGCCAGAUCACUGAAUUUCAACGAAGACACUCUUUGAAUGACCUGCGCGACAGCGGCACAAAAGCCAAGGAUAAUCGAUCUAUGAACCACUCCACCACUCCACCCUGGGAUCGCGACCGCGCCACGUCGCAGGUGUCACCAGCACCGUCGCAUUCUACACCGACAAUUCCUGCACCGACGAAGAAACUGUCCCUGAAUAACGUGUUCAACAAGCAGAUCAAAAGAAGGAACAAAACCACCCAUGUCCCGGCACCUGCUCCCUCGGCUGCAAAACCACUCAAGUCUGCACUCGCCCACCGUCCCCCAGUCUCGGCUUCGCCCAGACUUCAUCACGUGCACACAGCCUCCCGUAGACGAUCUGCAUCGAUCCGCUCGCAGAGUAGCUCACAGCAUCGUCGCCAUUAUCAUAAUCAUCAGCAGCAGCGACAUUCCGCACACCAUUCAUCUGCAACAGAAGAUCCCUUCAUACGCCUGGCACAGGCUAAUCACGCUUUGGCCACUCUCAACAAGAAAGGUUCGAGAGGUUCAGAGAGUCAGAUCAAGGACUCAUAUCUGUUCGAGACCCAAGACCCGCCAUAUGAAGCACCCGGCAGCCUCCUCAAAGAUACUCCUCAGCGUAUCACGCACCUUACUUCUAGGGACACUGCGCCCUUCGGCUCCUGCACGCCUUCCACUCCUCCAACGCCCAGAGUCCUACCAGUGUCCACCAGCAAGGUCGCGCCUUCAGCAUCAGCGGACAGAUGUCAGUCCCCACCCCAAAACUCUCUCGCGACGCUUUCUCGCCCCUCUUCGUGCUGCUCGUUGGAGUCGGCAUAUGAGGGCGCGAAUACCUCGUCCUCCGCCUCGGAUGACAGCUCGUUCUCUUCCUCUUUCUCCGCGCACUACGAAGCCAGCGGCGCCUCGAGGUCUCGUCAGCAAGGCGUUCGUCGCACAUCGACUGGCCAGGCCAUCAAUACCUUGCUCCCUACCUCGGCUGCCCGCGUUUCUGUCGACAACAUCGCAAUGGAGACCCAGGUGAAGAGAUCCACGGCGGGUGGCGUUCGCAAAGACGAUCUAGGCAAUUUUUUAACACCCGAGUCAUACUCAACCAUGUCCAACUCGUCCACUGCAGCAUCUUCAACCUCGUCCCCGUCCACAAAGGUUUCGAUGCAUUUAGAGGAGCACCGACUGGCGGGAGUGGGCGGUACGGCUUACCAUCACCUACGUUGCCAGCAGCAGCUCUUGGCCCGAGAGCCUUAUGAUCCCCAUCCUAUGCACGAGUACUAUGCCGAACACGAGAAGGAACAUGACCACCUGGCCCAGGAUCACCACUUGCGUCACCAUUAUCUCGACGAGCUUGAGCCUCAGCAUCAACACUACCACCAUGGAGAGCGAGGAUACUACUACACAGAUCCGUCUUUCUAUCAAGCACGUCCUCGCAGGCAAAUACAGUUUUCGACCGAGGAACCGACGGUCUAUCCGACGUGGACGCCCGAACAGUAUGACCGGACGGCCGAUACGAGCAUCACGGCCUCAUGUCUUACGCCGGCGAUCGCGCAGAAGAUCAAAUUGGAACUGAACCACUUCAAGAGCCAGGAGAUGAAGGUGCAUCAGGAUAGUCGGAUUUAUACCCAUUUUUUUGUCUAAGCAUUCAUACAUAGAGAUACUUCUAAUCACAUAGAAAGAAAGAAAAAACUGAUGGCGGAAGAAUAAUAUAAGCAUCGACGGAGAGAAAGAUGGAGAGGUCGG